GUGCGUCUUCCAGGCGACGCUCCCAGCGUGACGUAUAAUCUAGUGGACGGUUCUUCAGAAACAGCUCGUCACCUCGGUAGCCAACAUAGCCGAAAGAUUCAAGCUCUUUAUACGCUUUCGGUCUAUAUUAGCUACUGUGUUUUAAACACACGUCUGUCGUAUCUACUUGUUAACCUAUUUAAUUUAAUAUUACGUUAUUUUGUAUUAGUCAGCUAAAGUAGCUGGCUGGUUAAGUUAGCAUUAGCCUAGUCGCUAAUGAUAGCUAGCUAGCUAACAUCCCCGAACAUGAGCUCUCUAAACUACCCCCCUCCUGUUAAAGAAGAGAUCUGCUGGACGGAGAAAGAAGCUCUGGGGCUGAACGUUGUCGUGAAAGAGGAGAAGGAAGAAGAGGAUGUUACCGUGAAACAAGAAGUAGAGGGUGAGGCUGUUACAGUGAAAGAAGAAGAGAAAGACGUUUCAGUGAAAGAAGAGGAAGACGCGUUCAGAGUGAAAGAGGAGGUAGAUGUUGCAGUAAAAGAAGAGGAAGAUGCAGUUUUUGGAGUGGAGGAUGACGUGAAAGAAGAUGAAGACGUUUUUGGAAUGAAGGAUGAAGAGGGGGAGAUUACUGUCACAUUAGAGGAGGACGAAGAAGAGCAGACUGGAGAUCUGAUUAACACCAGUAAAUACAGAGAGAGACGGGACAAUCGUGGAUCCUCUGGGGAGCCUCAACAACAUCAUGAUGCUGACAAGGCAAAGACCAGUCUCUCCAGAUCAGAACUCCUCAAGAAACACCAACAUAAAACCACAGGGAAGAGAACUCACUGCUGCUCUGACUGUGGGAAAAGAUUCAACUCUUCAUCAAACCUUAAAAUACAUCAAAGAAUUCACACAGGAGAGAAACCUUACAGCUGUGAUCAAUGUGGGAAAAGUUUUACUCUGCUACACACCCUAAAAUCACACCAGAGAUCACACACAGGAGAGAAACCCUAUAGCUGUGAUCAAUGUGGGAAGAGUUUUACAACAUCUAGCAAUCUAACUAUACACCAGAGAACACACACAGGAGAGAAACCCUAUAGCUGUGAUCAAUGUGGGAAGAGUUUUACUUCAUCUAGCUAUCUAACUAUACACCAGAGAACACACACAGGAGAGAAACCUUACGCCUGUGAUCAAUGUGGGAAGAGAUUUAUUCUGCUACAAACCCUGAAGUCACACCAGAGAAUACAUUCUGGAGAGAAACCUUUUGGCUGUUAUCAAUGUGGGACAAGUUUUUCUCAGCUAAGCAGCCUGAUAGUACACCAGCGUGGACACACAGGAGAGAAACCUUUUAGCUGUGACCAAUGUGGGAAGGGUUUUACUACAUCUAGCCGUCUAACUAUACACCAGAGAACACACACUGGAGAGAAACCUUAUUGCUGUGAUCAAUGUGGGAAGAGUUUUACUCAGCUAAGCAACCUGAUAGUACACCAGCGGGGACACACAGGAGAGAAACCUUAUAGCUGUGAUCACUGUGGGAAGGGUUUUACUACAUCUAGCUGUCUAACUAUACACCAGAGAAUACACACAGGAGAGAAACCUUAUGGCUGUGAUCACUGUGGGAUGACUUUUAUUGGGCUUCAAACCCUGAAAUCACACCAGAGAACACACACUGGAGAGAAACCUUUUAGCUGUAAUCAAUGUGGGAAGAGUUUUACCACAGCUAGCUGUCUAACUAAACACCAGCGAACACAUACUGGAGAGAAACCUUUUGGCUGUGAUCAAUGUGGGAAGAGUUUUCCUCACCCAAGCAGCCUGAUAGUACACCAGAGAACACACACAGGAGAGAAACCUUAUAGCUGUGAUCAAUGUGGGAAGAGUUUUUCCACAUCUUGCUAUCUAACUAUUCACCAGAGAACACACACAGGAGAGAAAUCUUAUGGCUGUGAUCAAUGUGGGAAGAGAUACUCUGAUAAAAGGUCUCUGAUUAAACAUCAGAAAAUACAUACAUGAAGAAGUUGUUUCAUGAUAUCAAUGUCACAAUGUAGAAUGUUUUAACAUUGUCGUAGCAAUAUUUGAAUGAAUGUCAGAAUGUAGAAUGAACCCUGAACGUUUGUCCCCUGUUCAGUUGAUAUUAGCCUCAGCGGAAAAAUCCAGGCUCUGAAUUGAAAGAGUACUAUUUAUGUGAUUUAACAAAAAGUGACAAUUGUGUUACACUUACCACGUUGGUGGCCCACUUGAAUCAAAACGCAACACUUCAACAUGUUUCGGUUUUCAAUAUAUCCCAAACUUUUUGCAUAUUGGUUAUUGAUUUCGACAUGUUAAAACUGUGUUUUGACAUUGCGCUAUUCCAAUUUAGCAAAAUGUCAUUGGAAAUACGUUGAAAAUAGGACUAUGUUUGGUUGUAGUUGAAAGUGAAAGUUGAAAAGAUGUCUUUUCGGGUUGUUUUUUCAAUGACUGGAAAACAACUUAAUUUCAACAUACUUGCAGCAUAAACACAUGGACGCAGUAUAAUACAUUGGUCUAUAAUCAAUUUUCUUAAAAAUCCUACAUCACUCCAGUAUUUCUUUACAACAUUCAAAUGCUACUUGUCUUUAUUCCACUUACUGAAGAAGCAUGUCUCAAAUAAUCCCAUAUUUCAAACAUUCAGCCUGACAAAAGAUACAUGUUUUAUUAUUCCAAGCCUCACCAUUAAGUAAAUUAUUGUCAACACAUAUUAACAAAGGGGUGUAUAUUUGGUUUUGAUAUUUCAUAUUUACAAUUCAUGUAACAUUCAGUAAUAAUUAUUUAUGCAA